CCUGAGAGGCGUGCAGGUUAGGGAGGGAGGGUCAGAGGUCGCCGGGCCAGAAUGCGUUCCUGUGUUGCUAUGUAGUGGAGGGACACGUUCCCUCCUGCAAAUUCUGGAAGGUUCCUGAGUUCACUUAGGAGAGUGGCUGCGGAAUUCCUGGUCUCCGGCCCGAGGCGCCCGCUGGCGGAGCAGAGGCGCCGAGGGCGCUGCCAUGUUUGGCUGCCUGGUGGCGGGGAGGCUGGUGCAAACAGCUGCACAGCAAGUGGCAGAGGAUAAAUUUGUUUUUGACUUGCCCGAUUAUGAAAAUAUCAACCAUGUUGUGGUUUUUAUGCUGGGAACAGUCCCAUUUCCUGAGGGUAUGGGAGGAUCUGUCUACUUUUCCUAUCCUGACUCAAAUGGGGUGCCAGUUUGGCAGCUCCUGGGAUUUGUCACGAAUGGGAAGCCAAGUGCCAUCUUCAAAAUAUCAGGUCUUAAAUCUGGAGAAGGAAGCCAGCACCCGUUUGGAGCCAUGAAUAUUGUGCGGACCCCAUCUGUUGCUCAGAUUGGCAUUUCGGUGGAAUUGUUGGACAGUCUGGCUCAGCAGACUCCUGUGGGCAGUGCUGCUGUGUCCUCGGUUGACUCAUUCACGCAGUUCACGCAGAAGAUGUUGGACAACUUCUACAAUUUUGCUUCAUCGUUUGCUCUCUCUCAGGCCCAGAUGACACCAAAUCCGUCUGAAAUGUUCAUCCCGGCAAAUGUGGUUCUGAAAUGGUAUGAAAAUUUUCAAAGACGACUAGCACAGAACCCUCUCUUUUGGAAAACAUAACUUGAAUAAAAUAAUUUGUCAUAUCAUUUAAAAGCAUGAAGUCAAAGGGGUCAUGAAGCCUACCUUUCGAAACUGCUUAGUGACUAUGAAACUUACACAAACCCUUAUGAACAUUAGACACUUUGAACAAGGAAAAUGUUCAGUAUUAGUUACCUUUCCCCUUAUAAGUGUGAAAUACUUCUUGGAGGCAAACAUUUUUUAUCGGCUGUCAUUCAUUUCUUAAAAUAAACCCUACUCACAGUAGUAGUAUUUGAAUACCAUUGCAUGGGUACCCUUUUUGUUCGUUCCCACAGUACUUUGCUAGAGUAGGUAACUUGGUUGGUUGGUUUUAAGGGUCUCAUGUGCCCAGGACAGCGAGUAGCUAAGUUAAUCAACAGGCUUGAUCCACCAUGUCCUGCUAGAGUAGUUAACUUUAAGUCAACUAUUUCAUAAUUAGGGAACUUCUGAAAAACAUGUCAAGUAUGUGUUUUAAGAUGAGAAAAUUAGCUUCAGGGAGUUUUUCUUUUCUUUCCUCUUCCUCCUGCCCCCCAGGGUGUGUGUGUGUAUGUGUCUUGGUUUUGAGCAGGGUCUCAAAACUCCCUCUGUAGCUUAAGAAUGUCCUUGAGCUCCUGUUGCCCAGCCCCUGCCUCCUCUGAGUGCUGGCAUUACAGGGAUACACCACCACAUUUGGUUUCAGGGAAUAUUUCUUAAGAUUAGCAAGUUUGUUGUUUUUCAGUCAAGAAAGGUUGGUUGCCAGUUUUUAUAUCUGCAGAUUGAUGUACUUUUUUUAUUUAAUAAAAUUUCUAUGUUUAA